AUGUCGGGAUUCGAUAGCAACCCUUUCGUCGAUCCAGUGGAUGUCAAUCCAUUCCAGGACCCUUCAGUAACUCAGGCGACGAGCACCGUCAUAGAGGGGGUCGAGGAAUUCAACCCAUUUUCAGCUGGUUCGCUGGACAAUCGCAAUGGAACCACAAUCCCCAUAUCUGCUGCUUCCUCACAACCAGCUGUGCUCCAGGCAUCAGUGGAGCCUAGUGCUAAGGCCACUGCAGCGGCAGCUCAGGCAGAUCUCCUCAGGCAGCAGGCAGAACUGGAGAAGAAGGCAGCAGAACUAGAACGCAAAGAGCAGGAGUUACAGAACAGGGAUGCAGCCUCAGGCAAACAAAAUAACUGGCCGCCACUGCCAAAGUUUUUCCCAAUUAAACCGUGCUUCUACCAAGAUUUUAAUGAAGAAAUCCCUGUAGAAUAUCAAAGGGUUUGCAAGAUGAUGUACUACCUUUGGAUGUAUCAUUGUGUGACACUGUUUCUGAACCUCCUGGCAUGUCUGGCCUAUUUCACUGUGGAUUCAUCUAAUGGGGUGGACUUCGGCCUGUCAAUCCUCUGGUUCAUUCUGUUCAGUCCAGUCUCUUUCCUCUGCUGGUACAGGCCUGUCUACAAAGCCUUCAAGUCUGACAGCUCUUUCAGUUUCUUCUUUUUCUUCUUCAUUUUCUCCUUCCAAGUGAUUGUGUACAUCAUUCAAAGUGUGGGCAUCCCAAAGUGGGGGAACAGUGGUUGGAUAUCGGCCAUUUCUGUGAUCCGGACCAACUUGGCUGUUUCUAUUUUUAUGCUGGUUGUGGCUGGAUUCUUUACAGUCAAUGCAGUGCUGUCAGUGAUCUUACUGAAAAUGGUUCACUCUAAAUACAGACGAACAGGUGCAAGCUUCCACAAGGCCCAGCAGGAGUUCUCUCAGGGUGUCAUCACUAACAGAACCUUCCAGACUGCCGCGGCCAGCGCUGCCUCCUCAGCUGUUCAGGGAGCGUUUCAGUAA